AUGGCGCCACCAUCGCGGCAACCGCGCCAAUUGAGCCUGGUGCUCGCCCUCUUCCUCCUCUGUUUCAACGCCCUCUUUGGCCAAGCCGCCGCCCAAGAGGACGAGGCCAUCCUUAACAGCGAGAUUGCUCGACUUAACAACCAGAGCCUGCUAUGGGGUCCCUAUCGUCCUAACCUCUACUUCGGUGUCCGCCCCCGCAUACCCAAGUCCUUGAUGGCUGGUCUUUUGUGGGGCAAGGUUGAGACAUACACCGACUAUCAGACCUCUCUCCGGUACACGUGCGAGCAGAACGAGGGCAUGAAGGGUUAUGGCUGGGACGAAUACGACACUAGAAGGGGCGGUGUUCAGUCCAUCCACGACACUGAGAACGGCGUCGACAUCACCACUUCUUUCGUCAAGGUACCUGGCGGUGCCAAUGGUGGCAGUUGGGCGGCCAGAGUCAAGGGUCAGCUCCAGGAGGGUGUGCCCUCGGACCGCAAGACUGCUGUCAUCCUCUACGUCACCCAGGAGGGACUUGGUACACUCGAGGCUGUCAAGGGAGAUGAUGAGAAUGGCUAUGAGGGCGAUGUCACCCUCAACGGCAACUCUGCUGCCCUCGGAGACUACAAGCUUGUCCUCACCAAGGGCGAGGGAAAACACCCCAAGAGCAACCACAAGGUCACCGAAAUGCGUGGCGAUGCCCACACCGUGGUCCAGUCCUUGAACUAUCAGGAAGAGUUCCUUUGGCAGGCCAAGGGCAUUGUCUUCAAGCAGCUGAAGGAGAGUGUCGAUGCUUUCGUUGAGAAACACUUUGACAAGGAAGACCCCCCGCCGGCCUGGCAGGUGUUCCAACUCGAGAAUCGCCCUGGAGCUGGAAACGUGCAGAUCAUCCAGAGGGUCUUUGAGGGCGACUUCGAGUUUGAUAUCCUGUUCUCCAGUGCCUCGGCUGGCAAGGAACUCUCCAGUGGCGAUCUGACCAGGGAAAUCCAGGAGGCAACCGAGUCCUUCGGUGAACGCUUCUCGAGCGUCUUUGCCAUCAAGGCCCCCUUUACUGCCGACAAGUACAAGAAGUUUGGAAGGAGCAUGUUUUCCAACCUCAUUGGCGGUAUUGGAUAUUUUUUCGGAGAAUCAGUUGUCGAUCGUUCGUAUGCGCCCGAGUAUGAGGAGGAAGAUGAGGGAUUCUGGGAGGAGGCUGCGGCGGCCAGAGCUCGCAACAAGCCCACGCUCGAGGGCCCUUAUGAGCUCUUCACCAGCAUCCCGUCUCGCCCCUUCUUCCCCAGAGGCUUCUUGUGGGAUGAGGGCUUCCACCUGCUUCCCAUUGCCGAUUGGGAUAUUGAUCUUGCCAUGGAGAUUGUCAAGAGCUGGUACAAUCUCAUGGACGAAGAAGGAUGGAUCGCCCGUGAACAGAUUCUGGGCGCGGAGGCCAGGAGCAAGGUUCCGGAAGAGUUCCAGACCCAGUAUCCUCACUACGCCAACCCACCCACGCUGUUCUUCAUUAUCGACUCGUUCGUCGACAGGCUGCUCAAGGCCAACGGCAGCGUGCCUGUUGUCAAGGAGCACCUUUCCCAGGGUGUCUCCCUUUCCAGCGCGUCCGUCGACAACGUUGAGGUAGGAUUGGAGUAUCUCCGCCGAAUCUACCCGCUUCUUCGUCGCCAGUUCUACUGGUUCAAGAAGACACAGUACGGUGAUAUCAAGUCUUACGAUCGCGAGGCCUAUUCUUCCCGUGAGGCCUACAGGUGGCGCGGCCGCACGGUUCCCCAUUGCUUGACCAGUGGCUUGGACGACUACCCUCGCCCUCAGCCCCCUCACCCUGGUGAGCUCCAUGUCGACCUCAUGUCGUGGGUUGGCCUGAUGGCCAAGUCGUUGGCCAACAUCGCCCAGGUUAUUGCGCCUGAGGAGGCUGAGGACUACACCAAGGUUCUCGACGGAAUCGAGCACAACCUCGAUGACCUGCAUUGGUCUGAGAAGGACGGCUGCUACUGCGAUGCCACCAUUGACGAGUUUGAGGAGCACACGCUCGUGUGCCACAAGGGAUACAUCUCCCUUUUCCCGUUCCUGACUGGCUUGUUGAAGCCCGAUAGCCCCAAGCUCGGCAAGAUCCUGGCCCUCAUUGGUGAUGAAGAAGAGCUGUGGAGUCCUUAUGGCAUCCGCAGCUUGAGCAAGAAGGAUGAGAACUAUGGGUCUGCUGAGAAUUACUGGAGAAGUCCCAUCUGGAUUAACAUCAACUACCUUGCCAUUACCCAGCUUUACAACAUUGCAACCCUAGAAGGACCCUAUCAAGAGACAGCCCGCGACUUGUACCAGAGGCUUCGCAAAAACGUUGUCGAGACGAUCUACAGCAGCUGGGAGGAGACGGGCUUCGCCUGGGAGCAGUACAACCCGGAGACGGGCAAGGGCCAGCGCACCCAGCACUUUACCGGCUGGACCAGCUUGGUGGUCAAGAUCAUGGCCAUGGAUGACCUGGAGGCUGUCCCGGUAGCAGUCCCAGUCGACCCAGAGUACGUCAAGGACGAGCUAUAA